GCCCGCUCCUCCUUCUCCUCCCCCGCCCACGCCCCCCGCCCCGGGGACCCCCGCGCCCGGGGAAGCCCCGCGCUCGGCGCCGCCACCCACCCCCGUCCCUCCGCCUCCUGAGGCCCGGGGCUGCCUCCUCGGGCCGCGCCGGGGCCGCUCCGCACUGCGCAUGAGCGGGAGCCCGGCGAGCCCGUGAGAGGAGCCGCCGCCGCCGCCGCCGUCCAUUCGCUGCGGAGCCGGAGGAGGAGGGGAGAGGCCUGGAGGACACCAACAUGAACAAGUUGAAAUCAUCGCAGAAGGAUAAAGUUCGUCAGUUUAUGAUCUUCACACAAUCUAGUGAAAAAACAGCAGUAAGUUGUCUUUCUCAAAAUGACUGGAAGUUAGAUGUUGCAACAGAUAAUUUUUUCCAAAAUCCUGAACUUUAUAUACGAGAGAGUGUAAAAGGAUCAUUGGACAGGAAGAAGUUAGAACAACUAUACAAUAGAUACAAAGAUCCUCAAGAUGAAAAUAAAAUUGGAAUAGAUGGUAUACAGCAGUUCUGUGAUGACCUGGCACUUGAUCCAGCCAGCAUUAGUGUGUUGAUCAUUGCAUGGAAGUUCAGAGCAGCAACACAGUGCGAGUUCUCCAAACAGGAGUUCAUGGACGGCAUGACAGAAUUAGGAUGUGACAGCAUAGAAAAGCUAAAGGCCCAAAUACCCAAGAUGGAACAAGAAUUGAAAGAACCAGGACGAUUUAAGGAUUUUUACCAGUUUACUUUUAAUUUUGCAAAGAAUCCAGGACAAAAAGGAUUAGAUCUAGAAAUGGCCAUUGCCUACUGGAACUUAGUGCUUAAUGGAAGAUUUAAAUUCUUAGACUUAUGGAAUAAAUUUUUGUUGGAACAUCAUAAACGAUCAAUACCAAAAGAUACUUGGAAUCUUCUUUUAGACUUCAGUACAAUGAUUGCAGAUGACAUGUCUAAUUACGAUGAAGAAGGAGCAUGGCCUGUUCUCAUUGAUGACUUUGUGGAAUUUGCACGCCCUCAAAUUGCUGGGACAAAAAGUACAACAGUGUAGCACUAAAGGAACCUUCUAGAAUGUACAUAGUCUGUACAAUAAAUACAACGGAAAAUUGCACAGUCAAUUUCUGCUGGCUGGACUGAACUGAAGAUCAAUCCUCACAAUUCAAACUGAGGGUUGAGACAAAACUUUAAGGAUACAUCUUGGACCAUAUCGUAUUUCAUUCUUCUAAUGGUGGUUUGGGCUUGUCUUCUAGUCUGGGCCGCUCUAAACAUUUAUAAUUCCAACGUUGUGGAUUUCAUCUUAUAUCUGUGGACCAUCCUAGUUUAUUCUCCCAUAAGUCUUAGAAGCUUUAUGGUGAUUAUUUUGAGGUUUCCAUUCUCGCAUAAAGCACAAUGCUGUCUUCAUCAGAAAACAGUUUGGCAUAAGAAUUAAACAUAAUGAACAUCACAAACAAUUUAUAAGAACUUCUUAAAUAUAUGCUUUGGGCUAGUUGCAAAGACUAUGCUGAUAGCACUUCCAAUGAGAGUGGUAUAUUUAAGUGUACCGGAUCUGAAAUGGUGUUUUGGUUUGGGGGGAUAUUUUUUUUCCUGACAAAUCACAUGUGUUGUUGAUGUGAGUAGAGAAUCUGAUGAAAGAAAUGUCAAAAUAACCAACGUGAAAAAUUUUUAGGAUAACUUGGUGCCUACCUGAAAAAUGUGUUUCAGACUCACAAUUUCAAAAAGGUUCCACAGAACUAGUCUGCACUUACCUUACCCAUGUUUAUAUAUAAUGGUCCUACAGGGAGCUUUUAUUUAGAAAAUGUCUGCAUAAUGUAGAUUUCACUCUUAUCUACAUUAUGCACUACAUAAUUGGAUUUCAUUAUGCUUUUGAAAUGCUUAUAUGCCUAUCAAAUAAGUUAAACUAUUUAAUUUGUUUUGAAUGUUUUGGAUUGCUACACAAUACAAUAUUCUAAAUUUAGGCAUAAGUGGGGGGUUUGGUUGUUUUAUUUUUGUUUUUUUUCUUUCUGGUCAUCGCACUAUGAAACACAAAUGAAAUUCUUUUAAUUUAUAAAAAGAUAGUAGGAAUUAAAUUUUGGAAAUGGUUGUGAUGAGCCAUGAAGUUCAAUCUAUAUAAUAUAGGUACUGCUCUUUCAGAAAAGUAGUCCAUUUUUGAUGACUUCUUAUUUUGUUGAAAUUGCUUUAACUGCUAAUCACUGUGGUUGCCAAAUAUUUACUUCAGGAGCAAAGAUUUUCAAACAAGCAUAUACUGGAUGCAAAAUACCAAUCUGGCUUCUAUUUUUGUAAAUUUAGUCUCUUUACUGUUUUUGUUUCACUCAAAUUAGCUCAAUUUUCAUAUCAAAGCAGAAUACUCUUCUUGUAUGCAUUUUUUUUUUUUUAUUACAAGACCCAUGAACUGCUUUCCUGCUGAAAGUGCUCAUUUCUCUGCUUAUAUACUGACAUGUGAAGAAGGGUUUAUUGGUUUCUUAAACAUUUCCAUAAGGCAUGUUAAAAAUGCUGAACUGCAAAUGUUAGAUGACUGUGGUCUUUAAUAGGAACAGAUUUUGCUUGGUAUUUCCAGGUACACUCUAAGAUCUGGUAUUAACAAAGGAAUGUAUGUACUUCAGAAUAGUAGUACAUUUUAUGCAAAUGUGGAAAUGAUUUUAAGAAACAGUGACAUUAAAACUGCUUUUUAUUUACAUGAUUUUGAAAUUGACUAAAAAGCUUAUCCCAUUGAUAUUAUAUUAAUAUUCCAAUCAUAACUUUUAAUUGAAGAAUGCAAGUCUCAGAAAGAAAAAUUACAAAAUUUCUAUUCAGGUUACCAGAAUUGGUUAUCAUAAAAGGGGGAAAAAAAUGAAAAGAAUCCUGCUACUUUCAGUAUUUCCCAAUUUCAUUUUUGUAAAUAUGAAGUGGAACUUCAAUUAUGAAAAAAAUUUUAAAACAUACAUAUAUGUAUUUUCUGUCUUAAAGAUUCAGGUUUUUAUUUUCUGUCUUAAAGAUUUUAGGUUAUGAUAUUGUUUUCAGAUUGACUAAUUCAAGUAUGCUGUGUUUUGAAAUGAGAUCCCAUUAGCCUUUUUUUCCCCUAAUAUAAAUUGUUUUUCAUAAAAAUCUGAUAUUGGUUGUGGCCUAGUGCCUUGGAUUUUACAGAAUUUUCCUUUUAAAUGCAAGACCUUUUCAACAAAAUAGUGUUUGUCAUCAGUUUGGUACUAAACAUUUAUAAUUACUGUGUAAUUAUAAACAAAAAUACAUAAAACUUUGAAUAUAAUUAUGUAGCAUAAAAGUUAAGGUUGUUCACUAUGAUGGCAUCUUAGAAUUAAACAAAAUUAUUACUAGGGCUGAAAAGAGAAAACUGAUUUAAUGUGGUGUGGUUAUUCUGAGGAUAAAUGGUUACAGGGAAUAUUUUGUACUAAAAAAUGCUUACACGUGUGGUUGUAUGCAUGUGUGAGUGUGUGCGAAUCUGUGAGAGAGGAAGACACAUACACACACAACUUGAAUUGCUUUAAUUCUUAAGUGUUUCAGUCUUCAUUCUGGUCAACUCCCCACGCUGAUUCUUUGUUUCAAACUGAACCACAGGUACAGUUUCAUUUUUGCCAAAUGUCAGAACAGGUACACAUUUUAAAAUGUAAUGCUUUUUAAAUAGUAAAAUGUAUAAAAUUAGAAGUACCCACAUAUAAAAAUACUUGAGAUCAAAGUUAUCUUUAGUAAAUAUCAUCUGCAUAUCUCUGUAAGUUCAAUUGUGUUUCUUACAAUCCCUGUCAUAUUACCAACAGAGGCAAUAAAAGCUUCAGUGAAAUUGCCAUGACUAAAUCUUUUCACAUAUUAUUUCAGUGUAUCAUUUUUUAAAAUACUAAAAUAUACCUGAAAACUUUUCCAGGAAGAAUAAUUAUUCAUAAAGAGCAUUGUAAUGGCAAGUUUUGGGGGAGAAAAGAUAUGCCAAGUCUUGUUUACUACAUUUAAAAUGUUUACAACUAUACUGGGCUGCUUUAUUUAACUAACAAUACUGUAGUUGUGUAAUAUGGCUUUGUGAGUAUGUGUUCUUCAUUAGACUUUUUAAAAGUU